ACCCGAUUGCACCGCAUGGCUGAGGCUGGCGAGAGCAUGGAUGUGGAAGUGGCGGGGAUGAGGGAGAUGCAGCAGGAGAAGAGGACGAGCCUGAGAGUGAUGGAACGAAGAGAGAAGAACCAGGAGCUGCACGGCAAACGAGAGAUGCUGAAAGUUGUCGAGAAGAGCGAAGAUGUGGCGGGCAAGAUCGACCGAGUCACGACUACGGACGAGGAGAGGAGGCUCAGUUUCCUAUCAAAGAGCAAGUCUGUUCCAAUCAAGACAGUCCAUUGUCAGACAUUGUGUUCCGAGAAUUCGAAGCAGGAGAGGAAGCAGGAAGACGUCAAUGUAGAGACAGCUGAAGCCAGUGACGAUCAUUUCAAGACACUUCAAGUUCAAGCGCAAAGCGUACUCCUGUCUUCCGAGUCGUCGAAACAGGAAGAAACUGGUGCGGACGAACAGAGUGCUUUGAAGCGAUGUGAGGCGAGGAUCCGACGUCUUGAUCGUCUUAAUGAGAUCUUGGAGAAGUUGACCGAGAAGUCAUGGAUUCAAACGCAGACAAGCAAUCUGCUGUCAGACAAGCUGAGGUCCAAUGCGUAUUUCAAGAUCAUUCAAGCAAAGAUCAAGCAACGUCAUAGACAAUGGUUGAUGGAGAAUCAGUCCCUACUUUAUGAGAGGUGUGGCAACGACAAGAAAGAGAAUCUGAAUCUUUCUGGCAAAGCCAGAAAUCUCAACAAAGAUGCAGAGGUCGAGCUGCGGCAGCUGAGGGCGCUCGAGCACCAAUCAGUGAAGACACUGAGGAUGAUGGUAUCAGCCCUGUCUGCUGACACUCCUGUGUGCGAGGAAGAGUUCAAGGCUGCAGCGAACGUGGCGAUGGCUGCUUACAACCCGGCGAAACAAGCUCUGUCCGCCGCCAUUGACAAGGCCAUUGAAAGCAAAGGAAAAGCGUGCGAGAAUGAGCAAGGAAGGUGUGCGCAGCAAGAAGUCAAGCUUUCACGGAAUGAAGAUUCAUCCAAGACAACCAAGAGAGGGCAUCUCAACCCAGAAGCUGUUUGCAUCCUCGAAGACUGGCUGGUCCGCAACUUCAACAACCCAUACCCCAGCGAAGCGGAGAAAGCGAAUCUAGUUCGACUCACGGGGGUUUCGCUGAAGCAGAUCAACAACUGGAUGAGCAACGCGCGAGUGAGGAUAUGGAGACCUGCCGUCCAGAUCUUGCAGGAGUGA